AUGUUAUUGCGGCGAAUAACAUUUAGCGGACGGUUAUGCGACAUUAAUGAUUCGUCGAAUAACGAAAAAGAAUCGAAACAAAUCGUUAAAAUGUUGAUAAAGGGAUUUGUCGCUGUUUUAUUGGAUAUAUCGGUCGCACUUAGCAUCGCAAUUUUCGCGUAUUUCGAAUUUAUGCGAAGUGUCGCCGCUCCGUACGAACGAGGCUUUUAUUGUUACGAGAUAAAACAUCUCAAUAAUCCGUUUUUGCCGCACACAGUCUCAACUCGACAUCUUCUUGCAAUUACUUUAGCUCUUCCCUUUUUUUUGGUUAUUUUAGUUGAAGGAAUUUUUUUUCAUCACUUCCGCUCAUCAGAAACGCGUAUUUUACCAAAGUAUUUUUCGGCAGUGUCUCACGUUUAUCUGGAAUUUAUACUGUCGUUUACCAUUACGACUUUUUCUGUUGAGGCGAUUAAAUGCUGUUUUGCUCGAUUAAGGCCACACUAUUUAUCAGUUUGUCAACCAAAUUGGGACUUAAUCGAUUGCAGCUCUGAAGAUAAAUUUAUAGAAAGUGCAUAUUGCACAUCGCUUGAUAGCCAUCGUAUACGAAUUUCUCGUCAGAGUUUUCCUAGUGGUCACUCUGCUGCAGCUGUUCACUUUUUGUUAUUCAUUUAUUACUAUUUGUCAGGAAUGGUAACGGCCUCGAGAAGCGCUUUACUUGGUCGUAUUCGAAUGAUCUCUUUGUUUAUAUUUAUUCCAUGGAGUAUUGUGGUGAUGAUUACGAGAGUAACGGACUAUUGGCACUUUCCGACUGAUGUAAUUGGUGGUAUUCUAUUAGGAAUUUUGCCAGUUCACUUCUUGUUGCGUCGGCGUUUCACGAACCCAUCUCAUAUCUUUAAUAAUCGUUUAGUUGUGCUACCUCAUGGUAAUUGA